AUGAAAAUCAAGAAUCGAGAUCGAUUCAAUGAUCUUCCACGAGAAAUCACGGUGGACAUCCUGUCAAGACUCCCCGCUCGAAGCAUCAUGAGGUCCAAGUGUGUUUGCAAGGCAUGGCGCGAUCUGGUGCAGUCCCCUGAAUUUGGCCCGUUGCAUGCUCGUCAUGCGGCCUUGUCCUCGGGCCGCCUCCCCACCGUUGAGGACCUCACAUUCUCAUACAGUACCUUCUCCCUCUUGGGGUUUAUUGAUGAUAAUGAAGUGAUACAAAACACACCCAAUAGUUUGGUUCUCUCCCAUAAAUGGCCAAACCCUAACUCGUUUAUACAUAGCUCAGCUAAUGGCUUGCUCUUCAUGAUCAACUUGAUCUCCGCAUCUGGACUAUUCAUAUGCAAUCCAAUCACUCGUGAGUAUGUCACUUUUAUUCUUGAGUGUGAUUUGCGGGAAUAUGCUUUUGGAUUUGGUGUAAGCAAAAGUGGUCAACACAAGCUUGUUAUGAUUUCUCAAUCUCAAAAUACGUGUCAAGUAUACACUCUAGGCACGGGGCAGUGGAAAAGCAUCGCGAUUGGGAGCCAGUUUGAGUAUGACGUGGAAUACGAGGUUGCUUUUGUUAAUGGGAAUCUUCACUGGCUUGUACUUGAUAGUCGCAAAGCUAGGAUUUCUUGUCUCGAUCUUGAAACAGAGCUAUUUACCUCUUUUUCUUGUCCUGAACAAAAAGGCGAUUUUCAGUAUUACUCCAUAUCUGAUUUGGGGGGUCUCUUGUGCUUCAGUGAUGAUACAUAUGAAGAAGGGAUUAAAAUAUGGUGCAUGAAAGAAUAUGGAGAUGACAAAUCUUGGACUCUUGAUUAUGUUAUCAAGAGAGAUAUGCGAAUGCUCGAAAUUGGUCAACGUGUUCGUCAUGCAUUCAGAUAUCAUGAAAAUAUGCCAGUAGACAAAGUUCACAGUGUUCUUGUGGAAUUCUACGCAUUCAAAAUGGGGCGCACUGCACUAGAUUUCCAUGUUGAUUAUGAUAUUCUUCGUCAUAUAUUAAAAUAUAAUAUGCGUGAGCACGUUAACGAGGAUGAAAUUGGUGAUAUUAUUGAUGAAAUUCUACUACUCGGAAAUGAGCAUGAUAAGCUUUAUCCCAUUAAAGCAUUGCAAGAUGGCGGGAUCUUACUCUCAUUGGAUAAAUCUGCUCGACUAUUCUACUACCCGAAUGACGCGACUAAACCUAUGCGACAGAUCGCAAACGCGGAGAUCUAUUAUGAUGAUUCCAACUUAGUUAUUUAUAGUCCUAGUUUUGUUUCCCUCAAAUCCUUGGUGAUGGAUAAUAUGAACGUUCACUCGUUUUAG